GUCCUUGCUUCUAUCUGUUGUUCUGCUUCUCCUUUAGAUAUUAGGGUUUUUGAGGAAGACGAGUAAGUGUCUCUCCGUCUCGAUUUUGUCCUCAUCUUCUUCUUCUUCUUUCACUCCGCAUAACCUAAUUUAAUCUAUCAUCCUCUCUCCUCAUCGCAGAUUCACACCGUGAAGCGAUGGCUUUGUUGUUCAAGGAGCAAGCAAAGCUCUCGGCUUAUCGAGAUAGAAGAUUUUCUGGAACACAAGAGGAAUUCGAUGAAGCGCUAAGAGCAUCUACAACGGUUUACAUUGGCAAUGUGUCUUUCUACACUACUGAAGAACAGCUUUACGAGCUUUUCUCUAGAGCAGGAGAAAUCAAAAAGAUCAUCAUGGGUUUGGAUAAGAACACUAAAACACCUUGUGGCUUUUGUUUUGUCCUGUUCUACUCGAGAGAGGAUACUGAAGAUGCAGUCAAGUAUAUAAGUGGGACUAUUCUGGAUGAUCGGCCUAUUCGUGUGGAUUUUGAUUGGGGGUUCCAAGAAGGAAGACAAUGGGGACGUGGUAGAAGCGGUGGCCAGGUUCGAGAUGAAUACCGUACAGAUUACGAUCCUGAUAUCCUUUCAGUCCGAAUUAUAGCGCUCUCUGUUAAGGAACUUGAAGCACAAAGGCAGCUCGUGGAUUACGGUACUGGCUCAUUGGGAGCCUAUCCUCAAGCUGCGCCAUCAAAUUAUGGAAAUGGAAGGCGUGGUGGUGGAAACUAUGGUCAAGGUGGACCAAAUCGCCAUGGAAGAGGAGGAGACUAUCAUCGGAAACGACAAAGAGACGACGAUCGCUAUGGCCGUGAUAACUCAAGAAGAAACACAGAUCAUGAGUCUAGGAGAGACACUGAUCAUGACAUGAGACCGGAGAAGAACCCACGUUUCCGUGAGAGCGGUGACUCCGACGAUGAUGGUGAAGAUGAUCGGAAGAGAAGAUCUUAAAACAAACUUAGCAGCUACCAAUGUUGUUGAAGGAUCAAUGUAAUCUUUAGAUUGAUGAGUAUGAACUCAAUUUGGGUUUUCUAGAUUUUCAUUACAAACUUUGUUAAGUUGGUUUCAUUCAAAUAUCAAUGUCCUAAUGUAACUUUUGCUCCUUGAUCAACGGAAAUAGGAUAUGAAAUAUCAUUACUAGUCUUUUGGGCCGAAGUAGCCAAGUGUAGGCCCACCAUAGUACUCACUAAUAACAUUGUAUUCAUCUG